GCUGAUUGUUUUUCGAGACGUAGAUUUCGGCCUUGAUCGUGUCACCAUGAUCGUCAACUCGCUUGAUCCCAAGAGCGACAGUCCGAUAAAGUCCCCAUCCCCACGUAGGCCGAAGUUAGACAUUACUUCGCCGACUUUCGAAGAUGUGUAUCAGCUUUCACUUCGACGAGUGAUGAACAUAGUCAUAACCGAUCAAGAUGAUCCGCCCUAUCUACUGUUCCCUACGGCAGAACAUACUCAAGUCCAAUUCUUCACCGAGAGCGAUUGGAAAGAGUUUGGCAACAUGGAACUAGAGGCUUCGCGACUCAGGUUCACUCUCACCCGCUAUCCGGAAAGAGGCCCGCCGCUUGCAUGCGAGACUACGCUGAAGCUAUUACUUUCAGAGACUUCCAUUCUCAAGAAGUGGUUAGAGAUAGUUGGCGAUAUCCAGAACGAAUCCAAGCAGGCCAUGAUGGAGGCUCACAAUGCCAUGCUAAGCCAACAUUCCGACGAAAGAGAACCCAACACCAAAGAAUCUUUCGUAACGGUUCCCGUUGGGUAUGUCACCAACGAUAAGAGUGUGGAUCUUCAACUCCAACUGUGGGAGCGAGCUCUAGCAGAGAUUGCAGAAGCGCUCACUUCCUCGGAAGUGCAGAACAUCGACCAAUUUCUGCAAAUCUAUUCCUUCCUGAAAGACUCUAUCGGAGGUCUGAACGUCUCAUUUCAGCCUCGAAUCGCUCUUUUUCAGCGGUUGAUACAGGACGUUCACAACACAAUUCCGGACAAAAUCCUAAGUACCGAAACAUGGAAGCUGGUCGCUGCACAAUGCGCAGCCGAGUCAUCAUUCCUAGCGAUUGAGAAGCUGAAGAAGGUAUCAUACAUCCACUUCACAAAUCAUCAAGUGCUACCAUACGUCUACGUAUCACUGCGCAAGCUUCCUCGCGCGGAAUUCUCUGUACCAAAGCGUGUACUAGAAAUCGCGAUGGAGAUGGUUUCGAACAGCACCCCAGAACGCCUAUGCGACAUCGCACCAAUCACAAUUGCAUAUGUCGCUCCGCUGAAACAUGAGGGGAAAAUGUUCAAGGUUGUCAUUGACGGUAACAACCGGGUGACUGCUAUUCUAUUAUUGCAAUUUCUGGCCGCUUCGUCGUCGUUGGACAGCUUCGACGUCGGCGCGCUGCAGCAGUUCUGCGACGACCUGGGGCUGGGCAUGAAGUGGUUCCUCGACAUGAAAGAUGUCGCCGAGGAGCUUUUCAGCCGCAGCGAAUACUUGGAAUCAUUCAGGUCGCAUGUGCCAGUCCUUCGCUCGUUUGCACAGGUGUCGCGUGUUGCUGCCUUGGUUGUUCAAGAGCAGGAAUUCCAUACAAUCUGCAUGAGCCGAACGACAGGGUCCAGGCUAAUUUUGCUGCAGCCAAUGCAUCAAGCACUGUACAACGAUAAGACGCUUCCUUUCGGGUGGGCUGCGCAGCAUGGUCAGGCCCAUGGCCGGUCAAUGGGUUUCAAGCCGCUGCUGCCACGGCGAUGAAAUAGGCACCGGUGAAAUAAAUUAAUGUCCUGUUCGACAAUCAUUUCCAUUUCCGGCGAGUUGUGUUAGGCUGGAGCUUGCGUGUCUCUCUUGCAGCUUGCGAGAGUUCUAUUACUCCAAACAGCUUUUGGAAGGACAACCCUUUCAGCUGCAAGUCAGCUCCGACGUGGCUUGCUCCGGAACAUGUCCGAUAUGCAGCAACUUUAAUCGAGGUAAUUCGGAAGGAAGCAAGGCGGGGCAAUUUAUGUUGGUACCAGCAAAGUUUUGACAUUUAUCGUUUCGUUGUACUAGAUUACCUUCAGCUUCUUCUUCAUCCC